AUGGUGAUUUUACACCAAAAAAAUGAGGCGCAGAGAGCGGAAGCCUUCCUUCUCAGGGUAAUUUGGAUCACGGAAAAGAAACAGGUUGAGAAUGGAAUUUUAUUAUUAAAUAAAAAAAUGGAGAAAAAAAUUAUAAGGAAAUGACAAAUCUAGUUGCGUUGAAAGAUUUUCUGGAGGAAAAAAAUAAAAAAACAAAUUGAGCGAACAGUUCUUUGCCGGAAAACUCAUUCAAUUCUUCAUUUUGAUGGACAUUUUGAUGUUUUCCAAACUCCUCCCUGAACAAAUUAUUGCAGCACGAUCAGCGUCAUCAACUGGAAAUACACGCCUUUGAAGGAUUCUUAUUGGUUUCGCUGGUCCUGUAAUUUUUUUUUUAAUUUUGGAAAUGCCUGAUACAUCCUGAUUCUUCUUCCAAAUAUUUCAAAAUUUUAUCACAAAUUUUCUCUUGAACGUUUUAUUGCUGUUUCCAAUAAUAAAGUUGUCGAUACUCCAGUUUGAACUUUUUUUCUCCUCGACCUCUGUGUAAUUCAGAGACAAAUAUUUAUUUAGUAUUUAUUAAAUAUUUAUUCCCUUUUCAGCACUUGUCAGAUUUUUUUAAAUAAGAAAAACAGAAUAAAGGCUGGAAAAAAAUAUCUCAAAAAGAAUAAAUCUCAUGAACUUGUCUCGAUUUUUUUUCUUUCUUUUUGAUGGACAGAUUAUUGCAGAUAUAAACGGUUAUUGGCGUCUUUUUUUCUUGUCAAAUCAAUCGACCGUGGCGCACCUCGUUCUCGAAAGCCCUGCUCAACCAGGGAUCGGACAUUGAGGAACCUCCAGGAUAAAGGUUUUUUUACUCAUAUAGUUUGCAACUAAGACAAAACAAAAAAAAAUUAGGGUUCAUGAUACAAUUGGAAUUACAUGGCGUCCGGGGGUUUCGCUCCUAGAUUUUUCUCAUCUAUAUCAUUUACAUUGUGGAUGAUUUUGUCUACUUCACCCUGACGAUCUCAAAAUUUUUCCUCCGAUUAUUCUUCCCUCUCUUACUGAUUUACAUAAUAACCCUAAGUAACUGAAAAAGUGGUGCACAAACUGGCGAAUGGGGAUUGCUGUCGGAAAAACUUUUGCUAUUCAUUUGUGCAAACAUAAUCUUGGAAUUUAUUUCACACGGCACUUUUUUGACGACCCAUGCUCAUAUUUCUUUGUAAAAUGUAGUGUGUAGUGUGCAUGCACUGUGGCGCUCUCGCACAGGCAUGUAAAUUUAACGAGAAUGAAAAAUUAUCUCUAACUUUCCGAUAUUCAGUUAUAUAUAUAUAUAUUAUAUAUCCACUCUCUGGUGGCUGUUUGUAGUUUUGCGGAAUCAUUUUGAACACGGCAACAGAAAUAUAGCGUCUUUUCAAUCUGUGAGAUUGAUUCGUCUCAUGAACAAUUGAACUCACUUUGAAAUUUUGAAAUUUUUAUUCAGUCUUCAGAGAAGUUUACCUACUGAGUCACGGAUUGAUAGAAAAGUUGUUUUUCGUUUCGCGAAACUGUCGAUGAUCAAGAAGGACGCGUAGAGCAAACUUUUUCUGUGAAAGUAGAGGAGUUUUGUGCGCCCCGACGAUUACUGCUUCUCCAUGUAGGAUCAGAACGGCUUUUUCUUCCACUAACCAAAACGUCUUCGUAAUCUUCAUAUCUGCAAUGUUUCUAUGAUUAGAACCCUAGAAAGGACCUUCAAAAUGCUUUGUAUUUCUCUAAGAACGUUACGGAGAACGUAAAAUUAUGCCAAUUUGUAAUUGCUUGAGCUGUUUCAGGGUAUACAUAGAACCCAUUUUUGACUUUUACUCACUUAUUUUUGUUUUAUAGAUAUUCUUAAUAUAAAAUUACUGAAAAAAAAUCCAAAAACUCAUUUUUCAUCGCGUCUGUGAAAGAUUUAUAGAAUGAAAACUUCACACCGGUUGCCUUUCUGACAAUAACUUGACCACUCAAGAGUAACUUCGAAAUGUUACGGAACUAUUUCUGCCUUCUUUUGACAAUUCUCCGGCUGAUUUAAUAGAUUUUCAUUGCUUCCUGGAUGCCUGGUACGACCCACCGUUUCUAUAAUUGUUCAUCCUUUGGAAACAUUGUGCGUGAUUCUGCCGAAUUUCAGUUCAUGCAUUUUUGAUGUUUGGGAUGGUUAUCCAGAAAAUUUUUUUGAUAGCAAUUGUUCGCUCCAUUCGCUAAGCUUUUAAAAGUUUGCACUUUUUUCGAAAAACUCCGUCAAAUUUUACAGCUUGAGAAAAGACGUCUCCGAAAGCGAACAAGCGCGAGGCAAUCGCCGAGGGCCACCAAGACUCCUGAGCCGACAAUCUCCGCGAGUGGAAGAAAAACGAACGCGGAAGAGGACACUGUGGUGAGCCUUUUUAAAAUUUCUACAUUCAAAUACGAUUUUGUCUAUGAAGCAUACAAAGAAAGUGCCAAGAAAAGCGGAAACUAAAUUUUCCACAAAUUAUUGUGAAGGAACAGGCCAUAGAGGUUUUUCAAAGGCAUUUUUUGAGCAUACAGUACCGUCAGAAAAGAUAUGAAACAACGCAAUUUUGCGAAUGAAUCUCUUAUGAGGAAAAAAAAAGUUUUGACCAAAACUCCGUUUUCUUCGUAACUUCUCUGACGGGACAGCAUCUACCUUUACAAAAGUUCCUUUUCGAUCGAAUCAAAAAAAAAAGUGUCAAUAAGUGUAUCGCGGUCUUGUGUUGCUUCUGGUAUACUUCAAAUUUAGUCCAUUUCACGGUUAUUCCUAACAAUAAAAAAAUAAAGUGUUGAUGAAAUUUGACUCUAUAAAUUUUUUUCAGUAAGAAGUUUGAUAAAAAAAUAAUUUUUUUCCAUUUCAGUGAUCUUUGUCGGGAUGGUGAUACAAUCAUCUUGUACGGCGUUCAAAAACUGGGCGCCUCUUCUUCCGGCUACCCAACCUCGCAAAAGGAAGAAAAAAACGAACGCGAAAGAGGACACGGCGGUGAGUCGCCUUCAGAUAUUCUAUACAUGUUUUAGCGUGGAAACAACUAAUUUUAAUGUGAAUUAAAUCUGCCGAACCAUUUUUUUCCGCAACUUUUUUUCUUUUAUCAAACCUUUGAUCAUAAUAUUUGGAAAAAAACGAGUUGAUGAAAAAAUCACUUUCAUUUUAUCCGAAAAGUAAUUCAAAUUUUUCCAAUAUGAGAAGAGCGAAAUCUCCAUCUUCGCGUUUUUCAAGUAGUUGUUCUACUUAUGAAUAGAGUUUUCUAAUAGGUAGGAAUGAAGAGUUGAAAGUGUGAACUGCUUGUCGUCAUGAUAUGUUUCGAAAAAGCUCUGAAAUAACCGGAAAAAAAACGGUAAUGAUGCACGUGCUUUCAUUUUGCAACGGAAUGCGAUCAAAAACGAUUCUUCAAUUUCAGGUAUCUUGGUCAAGAUGGUGAUCCGACACCUUGAGUGGUGCUCGCAAGUGAGUGCCCCUCUUUACGGUGGCUCAGGGAGAAGAGGAAAAACCCAGGUAAGAUUGAUCAUCUAAGAAGAAACUUGAAGAAGAAUGCAAACUAAUUGUUUUUUUUUCAGACAUGCGGGUCGGGAUAGUUAUGUUCCACCUCUUGCGGAAACGCUGCUCCGCGAAAAAGAGUCCGACAGCGACAAAGUGUCGCGGUCGCGGAAGCUGUGGGGGCAUCGAACUCUCGAUGUCUCCGCGCUACGUGUUCUCGUUGGGCAAAAGAUCUGACUUCGAUGUUUGUCGGGAUGGUGAUUCGUCACCAUGAACAGUGCACAAAAGUGAGUUCUUGUUGGGUUCGGUAGUUAAACAAGUAGAGAUCAAUAAACUUGAAGUUAAAAAGAGGCUUAUUGUGAAACGUUUUUUCAGAUAUGUUGGUCGGGAUAGUGAUCACACCACACAAAGCUUUGUGAAAGCGGUCAAAGUCGUCCUCGAAGGAUGUGGACAGCUUCAGCGCAUCGUAAUCCAUCGUUCGGAAUUCAACGAUGAGAGAUUGAAGUGAGUCAAUCAUCGUUGAACAUUGAGGAAAAUAAAGAGUUCAAAAAAAACCUUUCACUUUCUCGUCUCCAAACAAUGUAUCAACUAUAACACAGCUGAAAUGCCUUCUUUCUCAAUAUUUAUGUAUUCAGGCGUCCACUGCGACCGCCAUCGCCAAAAGCUCUCAGGGACGAGACCAUGCCGAGGGUUCAUGGCUGCUGAUUUCAACGUCAUAGAAAAAAAUCGGUCUGGUGAGCUUUUUACCUAGAAAGUAUUUUUAAUAAAUUUUCAUAAUUUCAGGUAUGUUAGUUGAUACAAAAGCGAAAUUUCCAUUUAUCCUUUUUUUUCAAGUACCUGUUCUGCUAAUCAAUAUUCGGUGAAAACUCAGAAGAAACAACAAAAACAAAGCGCUUUUGUCCUGCACCAAACUUUGGUUGGGAAUCGAUUUAUAAAUCUCAGGGAUCUUGGUCGGGAUUGUGAUCCGACACCUCAAAUGGUGCUCGAAUGCGGGCGUCCAUCUUUCUCGUUGGCUUCGGAAGAGGAGGAAAAAAAAUACAAGUAAGACUUGAAACCUUAGACGGAACUAGAAGGAGAACGACAAAUGAUCGUUUUUAUUCCAGAUAUCCUUGUCGGGAUGGUGAUUAUCCACCUCCUGCGAAAACCUACAGCAAGAGACUGCUCCACGAGAAAGAGCCCGACAACGACAAAGUGCCGCGGUCGCGGGAGCGGCAGGGGGCAUCGAAUUCUCGAUGUCUCCUCGCUACGUGUUCUCGUCGGGCAAAAGAUCUGACUUCGAUGUUCGUCGGGAUGGUGAUUUGUCACCAUUAACAGUGCACAAAAGUGAGUUCUUGUUGGGUUCGGUAGUUAAACAAGUAGAGAUCAAUAAACUUAAAGUUAAAAAGAGGCUUAUUGUGAAACGUCUUUUCAGAUAUGUUGGUCGAGAUAGUGAUCUCACCGCACAAAGUUUCGUGAAGGCGGUGAAAGUCGUCCUCGAAGGAUGUGGACAGCUUCAGCGCAUCGUAAUCCAUCGUUCGGAAUUCAACGAUGAGAGAUUGAAGUGAGUCAAUCAUCGUUGAACAUUGAGGAAAAUAAAGAGUUCAAAAAAAACCUUUCACUUUCUCGUCUCCAAACAAUGUAUCAAUUAUAAUACAGCUGAAUUGCCUUCUUUCUCAAUAUUUAUGCGUUCAGGCGUCCAUUUCGACCGCAAUCGCCAAAGAUUUUAAUAUCGAAUGAGACUGUAGAGCUAAAUGAGGCUCAUUAGAAAAGAAAAAUAUUGUUGCACCGAAAGAUUUUUUCGAGGAAAAAGUAGGAAACUUGAAUGAUUGGUUUGUUUCCGCAGAACAUAUUUAGUUUUUCAUUCUUCUGGACGUUUUGAUGUUAUCUUAACUCCUUUCUAAACGAAUCAUUGCAGCACGAUCAGUGUCAUCGGCUGGAACUGCGCACUUCUCGAAGGAUUCUCAAAGGUUCCGCUGGCUGCGUAAUAUAAAUUCUUCUCGAGGAAUGUGAAAAACGCAAGGCGUAAGCAUCUUUUCGCAAUUUUGCAGAUUGAAUUUGAUUUUUUCAGGUAGGAGCGACGGCUCUUAAUUAGGCUCCGACUUUUGAAGAUUCUUCUUCAAUAUAAAGACAAAACCGCGUGUAGGAGCUUCAAAAACGGACGCAGUGGAGGAUGUGGGGAAAAAGAGUUCGACCGGGGCCCAGAACUCUUUCUCGCAAAUAUUUUCUUUCGUUUUUGGUCAACAGUCCGCACGUCCUGAAUUACGUGUUUUUUCCGUAUCAAUAGUUCUUCAGCACGCCAAUAAAGAGCGAGCAAACGUAUUAGAAGUUUUCAAAUAUGACAGUUCUAAACUUUGGAGAUCAUUUGUGGAUGUUCUGAAGGCGUAAGGUUGUGUAGUUUACAUGAAGACCCCCAUUUCAUCAAUUCUGUGUUUGUAUGUUUCCCUCCCCCUAGAAAUAUAAGAAUUGUUCUACUAUAAGCGUUUUUGAAUCCUGGCUCUGACUAUUUAAUAACAGAAUUUUUAUUUUGCUUUUUGUUUCCAAAUCCCACAAUUUUUUUCAAUUGUUUCUGCAUUAUUCUGUUUUUUUCGAAAAUGAAUAAAUUUCUUGCUUGAUUAAAAAAAUUAUUGAAACGGUAAAAAAAUUUCUACAGAAAAAAAGAGCAAUACGUCAACGAAAAAUUAAAACGAACAAAAACUGUUCAAAAAAAGUAAUCAUUUGAGGUGUGCCAGUGAAAAAAAUCUAAUUUCUCAACUUGAAUUAACUGAAAAGAAAUAAAAGAAGAAAGAAAUGAAAGUAGAUGGAUCGAAAAUUCUUAGCCGUCGAAACGACAUCGAUCCAGUAAACGGAAAAAAAGCUAAUAACGGAGGUUCAGAAAAUUCGGCGAGGAAGAAAAUCUAAGUGAUACCAUAUAAUAAAAUUGUGAACUCUGGUUUUACAAAGGAAAAAAAUCUUCUUCAAAACUAUCCGAAAAAAUUGAAAAACUUUCUCAAUUUGCUCUUCAGAGACUUCAUCAAACGUAAAACUCGUGCAAAGAAAUGAAAACUCUCCAGAAAAAUGACCAAAUCUUCAUUCUUGCAAAGUAAACAGUCCAGAGGUCAUUUUUCAAUUCAAGCACUUUCAAUGUUCGGAAUUAUAUUCCCGAACAUUUUUUUGAUAGCAAUUGUUCGCAUCAUGCCCUAAGCUUUUUAAACACCUUUUUUCAAAAUACUCCGUCCAAUUUUACAGCUUGAGAAAAGACGUCUCCGAAAGCGAGCAAGACGCAAGGUAGAGCGGCAAGGGCCUCCAAGACUUCUGAGCCAACAACCUCCGCGAGUGGAAAAAGGACGAGCGCGAAAGAGGACACGGCGGUGAUUCGUACUCUGAUCCUCAUUUACAAAUACGAUUUUGACUAGAAGCAUACGGAGGAAAGGCCGAAAACAGCAAAAACUCAUUUUUUCACAUUUUAUUGUAAAGGAACUAAGAACAACUUUCGGAUUUUUGAAGUUAAUUCGAAAAACGUAAUAAAAAAAACAUACCCGUGAGUGUCGUUACAAUAUACAGUACCAGUCAUAGAGGUUUUUUAAAGGCGUUUUUUGAGCAUACAGUACCGUCUGAAAAUAUACGAAAAAAGGUUUUGUGCAUGAAUUUCUUACGAGGAAUUCGAUUAUCUCGAAAGUUUGGAAAGCCGCGUAUUUUUUUUUUCUGUGAACUGAAACUUUAUCAGAAUGUUUAAAAUAACAAUCAUCACAACUCCAGAAAGUUUCAGAGAGAGAAUACAGUGAUCUCUGUCGGGAUGGUGGUAUCAACACCUUAAUCGGCGUCCGAAGCUGAACGCGCUUUUUUUGAUUCCUCAAAUCCGCAAACGGAGGAAGGAAGAGCAAAAAAUGGACACGGUGGUGAGUUGCCUUUGAAUUUUCUUUCACGAAUGAUAUUUCGACUUGAAAGCAUUGAAAAGAAAAGGACAUUUGUUGCCUCGGCUAAUACAUACUUCUCGACAGAAUGAAGUCCUUUUUCAGCUGAAAAAGAUUGAUCUUUCUAAAAAUAAGUUAGGCCCAGAUUUGUUCUGCGCAAUUGGGUUUAGGCUGGGUUUUUUGUCAUUGUAUCUUGCCAAGUCAUGUUUGCGAUUAUCAAAUUACCUCUCUUGAUCAAGAAAAAUUCUACCUCUUUGUUAAAAUUAGAGGUUUCAACUUUUUUUGACUGUGAUUGAUGCGAGAAAAAAACUUUAUUUAUCUGAAAGAAAGUUUUUUUUUCUAUUUUAUAUUCGAAGACACGUUGAUUUUGCGCAAACUUUUUUAUCUGAAUUUGUUUUUGUUGCUAAAUUGAUAAACUUGGUCACUGAAAAUAAGAACUAUUUUCAGCAGAUGGACUGCAAGCGGAAGUCUACUGCAAAAGGCUGCUGCGCGAGAAAGAGUCCGACAGCGACAAAGUGUCGCGGUCGCGGGAGCUGUCGGGGGCAUCGAACUCUCGAUGUCUCCCCGCUACGUUUUCUCGUUGGACGAAGAAUCGGACAAAAAUUUUUGA